UCCUGAACAUCUGCAGCAGAUGCAGCAACCUGCAAAGAUGGGCGCGCAUGGAGGAAGCUGGGAGCACGAGGAGCCCGGACUCUCCAUCUCAGGGGCACGUUGCCCUGUUCAGCCCGCUUUCACUACUGAGAUCCACUUCCCAAUGGAUUGAUGUAUUUCUUCACGUUUGAUUUUUAACUGUAAAGUUAAUGGAGUUGAACUCAUCCCUUCAAAAGAACCAAACUGGACGUGAAACAUAAAAAAAAAAAAAAAAAAGUCGCCUCAAUUAGAUUUAAUGAAACACCUCAAUUAGGAGUGUUUUCAUUGCCCCCUCCACCGCCACAUUUGUCUUCUAAUUGGAUGCUGCGAAAGUGUAAAUUAAAUUAAACUAUAUUUAAACCCUCCCCAACGCGUGCCAGGAGGAUGGAUCCUGCCUGCGGGAAGGUGGGCACGGCUUCUUUGGGGGCCGGCGGCGGAACAGGCGCGAGCGCAAAGGCGCCCAAACAUCUGUGGAGGCAGCAGAACCAGAACCAGGCGACGCUCUCCCCGCUCCACCUCCACCACGCGCUGGCAGUGCGCAAGAACAACCGCGUGAGACAAAGAGGCUUUUCGGACACCGAGAGGUACCUGAAGCCGAGGAACAUGGACCGGACCUACGCAGUGGACACGGGCCACCGACCCGGGCUGAAGAAAUCCAGGAUGUCGUGGCCGUCGUCUUUUCAAGGUCUUCGACGUUUCGAUGUGGACAAUGGCACAUCAUCAGGUCGAAGCCCCCUCGAUCCAAUGGCCAGCCCCGGCUCAGGCCUCAUCCUGCAGGCCAAUUUUGUCCACAGCCAACGGAGAGAGUCGUUCCUCUACCGCUCUGACAGUGACUACGACCUCUCCCCGAAGUCGAUGUCCCGAAACUCCUCCAUAGCCAGUGACAUUCAUGGAGACGAUAUGAUUGUAACGCCAUUUGCACAGGUUCUUGCAAGCUUGAGAACUGUCCGAAACAACUUUGGUGCAUUAACUAACUUACAACAAGACAGAACAACCAAUAAGAGAUCACCCAUGUGUAACCCACCACCCAUCACCAAGACCACCUUCACAGAGGAGGCCUACCAAAAACUGGCUACAGAGACCCUGGAGGAGCUGGACUGGUGCCUGGACCAGCUGGAAACACUUCAGACAAGACACUCAGUCAGCGAGAUGGCCUCUAACAAGUUUAAGAGGAUGCUGAACAGGGAGCUGACUCACCUCUCAGAGAUGAGCCGCUCAGGGAACCAGGUGUCUGAGUACAUCUCCAACACAUUUCUGGACAAGCAACACGAGGUGGAGAUGCCAUCCCCACAGACGCAGAAGGAGAAGGAGAAGAAGAACAAGCCCAUGUCUCAGAUCAGCGGCGUGAAAAAGCUGCAGCACUCAUCGAGUCUCACAAACUCAAAUAUCCCUCGUUUUGGUGUCAAGACUGAGACCGAGGAUGAACUGGCUAAGGAGCUGGAACAUGUGAAUAAAUGGGGCCUUAAUGUCUUUAAAAUCUCAGAAUUCUCUGGGAAUCGGCCGCUGACAGUCAUGAUGUACACAAUAUUUCAGGAGAGGGACUUGUUAAAAACGUUUAAAAUUCCACUCGACACUUUUAUAACGUACCUGAUGACUUUAGAGGACCAUUAUCACAGCGACGUGGCCUACCACAACAACAUUCAUGCUGCUGACGUCACACAGUCAACUCACGUGCUGCUAUCCACACCAGCCCUUGAGGCUGUGUUCACAGACCUCGAGAUCCUAGCUGCCAUCUUUGCCAGUGCAAUUCAUGACGUGGACCAUCCUGGAGUCUCGAACCAGUUCCUCAUCAACACCAAUUCUGAGCUAGCCUUGAUGUACAACGACUCGUCGGUGUUGGAGAACCACCAUUUAGCAGUUGGUUUUAAGCUACUACAAGAGGAGAACUGUGACAUCUUCCAAAACCUGACCAAAAAACAACGACAAUCACUGCGGAAAAUGGUCAUUGACAUUGUGCUAGCAACAGACAUGUCCAAACACAUGAACCUGCUGGCUGAUCUGAAAACAAUGGUGGAAACAAAGAAAGUGACCAGCUCUGGUGUGUUGCUUCUGGACAACUACUCCGACAGGAUACAGGUUCUCCAGAACAUGGUUCACUGCGCAGACCUGAGCAACCCCACCAAGCCUCUUCAGCUGUACCGACAGUGGACAGACCGCAUCAUGGAGGAGUUUUUCAGCCAAGGUGACAGAGAAAGGGAGAGAGGCAUGGAGAUCAGCCCCAUGUGUGACAAACACAACGCCUCCGUGGAAAAGAGCCAGGUUGGUUUCAUAGACUAUAUCGUCCAUCCGCUGUGGGAGACGUGGGCGGACUUGGUCCAUCCUGAUGCCCAGGACAUCCUGGACACGUUGGAAGACAACCGAGAGUGGUACCAAAGCACUAUCCCUCAAAGUCCGUCUCCUGCUUUGGACGAGCCAGAGGACGGCACUCGUCCCCCUGGAGGGGAGAAGUUCCAGUUCGAACUCACCCUGGAGGAGGACGGGGAGUCGGACACCGAGAAGGACAGUGGCAGCCAACCAGAAGAGGAGGAGGACGAGGAAGAAGAGAACAGCUGCACUGACUCUAAAACACUCUGUACGCAGGACUCUGAGUCUACAGAGAUUCCUUUGGACGAACAGGUGGGGGAGGAUGAAGAGGAGGACGAGGAGGAGGUGGUACAGGAAGGGGAAACACCCUGCUCACAAGCGAGUGCUGUAGAAGAAGACGUAGCAGAGGAGGAGAGAGGGGAGGAGGAGAAAUCCCCCGACACAUAGCAGUUACAGACAGCACCUGAUUAACUUUUCUUCUUAGUAACAACAGAUUAUUAUUUAUAGAUUUUUUUUUUU